GCUCGCGCUCUACGUCUCCUCUGACGCUACGUUGCAGUGUGCAAGUCUCGCGAGACUGACACUUCACUUAAGUCUCGCUGUGAUGGCUGCGCCCCCCGAUGCGGAGAGUUUGGAGUCUCGUAUCAACCGAGCCACGAACCCUCUGAACAGAGACACAGACUGGAGCAGCAUCCAUGCCUUCUGUGACCAGCUCAACAAUGACCUGGAGGGACCUCAGCUGGCUACGAGGCUCCUCGCCCACAAGAUUCAGUCUCCACAGGAAUGGGAGGCCAUGCAGGCCCUGCUGGUUCUGGAGACGUGUAUGAAGAACUGUGGGAAAAGGUUUCACAGUGAAGUGGGCAAAUUCCGUUUUCUCAAUGAACUCAUCAAAGUAGUUUCUCCAAAGUACCUGGGCUCUCGGUCUCCUGAGCCAGUGAAGAAGAAGGUCUUGGAGUUGAUCUACAGCUGGACGUUGGGGUUACCUGACGAGGCGAAGAUCUCUGACGCCUACACGAUGCUGAAGAAACAAGGUAUUAUUAAACAAGACCCCGAGCUCCCACCGGACAAACUGCUGAACCUUCCUCCACCCAGACCCAAGAACGCCAUCUUUGAGGACGAGGAGAAGUCCAAAACGUUGUCUCGCCUGCUGAACAGCACGCACCCCGAGGACCUGAAAGCUGCGAACAAACUCAUCAAGGAAAUGGUUCAAGAGGAUCAGAGGCGAGCAGAGAAGGUAUCAAAGCGAGUGAACGCCAUCCAGGAGGUGAACGAGAGCGUCGCUCUGCUGACUCAGCUCCUGCAGGACUACGACGGCAACGCCCCCAACCAGAGCAACCAUGAACUCAUCCAGGAUUUGUACCAGCGCUGUGAGAAAAUGAGACCCACACUGUUCAGACUGGCGAGUGAUACGGAGGACAACGACGAGGCUCUCGCCGAGAUCCUGCAGGCCAACGACAGCCUGACUCACGUCAUCAACCUGUACAAGCAGCAGGUGAAGGGCGAGAUCGUGAACGGGAACAACACCUCCAACACACAGAAUCCAUCAGGAGGGACGGCGCUGCUGGACCUGACGGGCCUGGACACGUCACCACAGUCUCCUCCAUCCUUCCCAGAGUUCCCCACUUCCAUAGAAAGCCUCAACGCCCCUCUACAAGAGACGGGGAUCAGUCUCCUGGAUGACGAGCUCGUCACUCUCGGUCUAAGUGAAGGAACACACACCUCCAACGCUCCCUCACAGCCAGAGGACUCCAUAGCCUGGGACUCUUUCCAGUCCUCAGACAGCAUAGACGCAGACAUCCCAGCAGCACCCAGUCUCCUCCUGAGUCCAGACCCCCCCUCCCACUCUCAGCUCCUCUCGUCUGGAUCCACUCCUGGGAACUCGGCGCUGGACGAGCUGGACCUGCUGGGGAAGGCGCUGCUGCAGCAGUCCCUGCCUCCAGAGGGGCUGCAGGUCAAAUGGGACAAGCAGCAGUCUAAACCGACUCUGAGAGACCUCCAGAACAAGUCUGUAUCCAACACAGCCCCCGUCACAAUCCCAGCAUUCACCUCUGAACCUCCUGCACCCGUUAACUCCCAGCCCAGCCUCGGAGCCACGCUGCUGGACAUGUCCCCGACUCGCAGCGAGGCCGCAGCUCCAGAGGUCACCCUGACCGACGUGUUCGUCCCCUUAGAAUCCAUUAAGCCCAGUAGUCUGUUACCUGUCACUGUGUUCGACGGACACAGCCUGCGGGUCCUCUUUCACUUUGCCCGUGACUCGCCUCCGUCUCGCCCCGAUGUGCUCGUCGUGAUCAUCUCCAUGCUGUCGUCUGCUCCCGUCCCCGUCACCAACAUUAACUUCCAGACGACGGCUCCAAAGUCUAUGGCGGUGAAGCUGCAGCCUCCGUCAGGAUCAGAGCUCCCAGCCUUCAACCCCAUCCUCCCCCCCGCUGCCGUCACACAGAUCCUGCUGCUGGCAAACCCCAACAAGGAGAGAGUCCAGCUGGAGUACAGACUCACCUUCACCCUGGGCGAUCAGGCGCACAGUGAGAGCGGCGCCGUAGAACAGUUUCCUCCUGUGGAGACGUGGGGGAGUCUAUAGCACUCACAGCCUCCUGACAGACUGCUUCCUGAUCCUCCUCUCCAUGAUGCUCACGCCUUUCCUUUGUAAUCACUCUGUACUCUUCUUGAUUCUGGGUCGGACCCUCUCCUGCUCCGGCGCUGUGAUGUGGUCUCUGUCUCUAGGUCUAGUCUGCUUUCUGUGGCUGCUUUAAAUCAGACUGUUUCCUGAGGUCGUCAAACGCCGUCAGACGAGUGUGUGGAGAUCAUUUAGUGUGCUUGAUUUGUUUUCGUUCUAACGUCUGCAUGCUCCGCCCGUACGGGGGGGACAUGCGCUCUAAUCCAGCUCGCCAGCAGAGGGAGGCGGAGCAUCAACAGACUCAUCUCAUCGGUUUCAGAUGGAUCAGCGUUUUGUGGUGUCUGCUCUGAAGUUAUUUCAAUGAUUCUGUCCUCUUCUUAAUUUGCACAGAUUCUGUUCUUGGUCCAUUCUUCUGUCUCUUCCUCUUCAUGUGUGAAUCCUGAGUUCAUCAGAGUGUGUGUGUUAUCUGCCAUAUGUGCCUAUUUUGCAGUUCUAAGUGUGUCUGGAUGAACUUGAGUUCUCUUCUGUUACGUGUGGGUUAUUCAGAGGAGCAGAGCCGCUUCAUCCUCACCUUUAACCUCUUCAUAUUUAAACCUUCUUUACUUUCAUUCAGUGGAUCAGAGCCUCUCUCUCUCUCUCUCUCUCUCUCUCUCUCUCUCUCUCUCUGACCACGGCGUCCGUCUCAACACGUUCAGCUUGUUUCUGCAUGUCAGCUGAACACGUCACAUUCCUCCUCUCCGCCUGUAAAUAACAUGAUGGCAGUUCUGUCGUGUACAUUUGACUCUGUGAGAGCGUAACACUGGUAAAAUAUUCAGAAUGGGUAAUAAAGAUUUUUUUUUCUUGGA